AUGAAUAAAAGAAUGUGUGACGCAGAAAAUGGCAAACUUGUUUUAACCGAAUAUACCAAGUAUAAAGAACACGUAUUCGUCCAAAAAAGAGAAUCGGAUCAUCAUAAUUCAACAGAUUUUCAAAUAGAUAAUCGAUCUCAUAAACUAUCAAUUGACGGAUUUCCAAUACACCAACUUAUAUCGCCAGUGUCAGCUGGCAACAUAUGUGAUAUACAUAAACCUGACAAUAAUGGAAAGACACCCCUUAUGGACGCUUGCUCUAAAGGACAUUUGUCAAUAGUAAAUCAUCUUAUCGAGAGAGGCGCUGAUAUUAACAUAACAGAUAAGGAAGGCAACACGCCAUUCUAUUGGUCAUGUGCUGGUGAUAACAUUGAAGUAAUAAAUUUAUUGCUACAAAAAGGAUGUGAUAUAAAUAAAACUAAUAAUAAUAGACAAACACCACUUAUGAAAGCUUGUAUUCUUGGACAUCUGUCAGUAGUAAACCUUCUAAUCAAGGAAGGUGCUUCCAUUAACUGUAUCGACAAGUACGGAAGCACGCCAUUAAUUUGGUCAGCAUUUGGUGGUAACAUUGGUAUAGUAAACCUACUGAUAGAAAAAGGUUGCGAUAUACACCAACGUAGCAAUGACAUGAUAACACCUCUUAUGGAAGCUUGUGAUAGUGGAGAAUUUGCAGUAGUCAAACUUCUCAUAAAGAAAGGUUCCGACAUAAACAUUACUGAUAUUGAAGGAAACACACCAUUUUAUUUUGCAUGUGCUGGUGGCAACAUUGAUAUAGUAAAUCUACUGAUAGAAAAAGGUUGUGAAAUACAUAACAGAAACAAAGAGGGGAUGACAUCUCUUAUGAGGGCUUGUGGAAAAGGACAUCUGACAGUAUUCUACAGUCUUAUUGAGAAAGAUGCUGACCUUACCUUAACAGACAAUGACGGAAACACGCUGUUUUCAUGGGCCUGUUCUGGUGGUGACAUUGAUAUAGUAAACCUACUGAUAGAAAAAGGUUGUGAUAUUCACCAACCAAACAAUAAAUUGAUGACGCCUUUUAUGAAAGCUUGUGAUAGUGGAAAAUUGGCAGUAGUAAAUCUUCUCAUAAAGAAAAAUGUAGACCUACACAUUACUGAUACGGAAGGACACACACCAUUUUAUUGGUCAUGUUCUGGUGGUGACAUUGAUAUAGUAAACCUUCUGAUAGAAAAAGGUUGUGAUAAACAUAAACCUAACAAUGAUAGGAGGACACCUCUAAUGGAAGCUUGUAGUAGAGGGAACUUGGCAGUAGUAAACCGCCUUAUAAACCUAGGUGCUGACAUUAAGAUAACAGACACUGAGAGAAACACACCAUUUUAUUGGGCCUGUUUUGGUGGUAACAUUGAUAUAGUAAACCUACUGAUAGAAAAAGGUUGUGAAAUACAUAACAGAAACAAUGAUGGAUUGACAUCACUUAUGAGGGCUUGUGGAAAAGGACAUCUGACAGUAUUCUACAGUCUUAUUGAGAAAGAUGCUGACCUUACCUUAACAGACAAUGACGGAGACACGCUGUUUUCAUGGGCCUGUUCUGGUGGUGACAUUGAUAUAGUAAACCUACUGAUAGAAAAAGGUUGUGAUAUUCACCAACCAAACAAUAAAUUGAUGACGCCUUUUAUGAAAGCUUGUGAUAGUGGAAAAUUGGCAGUAGUAAAUCUUCUCAUAAAGAAAAAUGUAGACCUACACAUUACUGAUACGGAAGGACACACACCAUUUUAUUGGUCAUGUUCUGGUGGUGACAUUGAUAUAGUAAACCUUCUGAUAGAAAAAGGUUGUGAUAAACAUAAACCUAACAAUGAUAGGAGGACACCUCUAAUGGAAGCUUGUAGUAGAGGGAACUUGGCAGUAGUAAACCGCCUUAUAAACCUAGGUGCUGACAUUAAGAUAACAGACACUGAGAGAAACACACCAUUUUAUUGGGCCUGUUUUGGUGGUAACAUUGAUAUAGUAAACCUACUGAUAGAAAAAGGUUGUGAAAUACAUAACAGAAACAAUGACGGGAUGACAUCACUUAUGAGGGCUUGCGGUGAAGGACAUCUGACAGUAGUAGACUGUCUUAUUGAGAAAGAUGCUGACCUUACCUUAACAGACGAAGAAGGAAACACGCUGUUUUCUUGGGCCUGUUCUGGUGGUGACAUUGAUAUUGUAAACCUACUGAUAGAAAAAGGUUGUGAUAUACAUAAACCUAACAAUGAUAAGAGGACACCUCUAAUAGAAGCUUGUGGCAGAGGGAACUUGGCAGUAGUGAACCGCCUUAUCAAGAUAGGUGCCGACAUUCACAUUACAGACAAGAAGGGGAACACACCAUUUUAUUGGGCCUGUUCUGGUGGUGACAUUGAUAUAGUAAACCUACUGAUAGAAAAAGGUUGUGAUUUACAUAAACCUAACAAUGAUAGGAGGACACCUCUAAUGGAAGCUUGUGGUAGUGGAAAAUUUAUAUUAGUGAAACGCCUUAUUAAGAUAGGUGCUGACAUUCACAUUACAGACAAUGACGGAAACACGCUGUUUUAUUGGUCCUGUUCUGGUGGUAACAUUGAUAUAGUAAACCUACUGAUAGAAAAAGGUUGUGAUAUACUUAAACCUAACAAUGAUAGGAGGACACCUCUAAUGGAAGCUUGUAGUAAAGGGAACUUGGCAGUAGUAAACCAUCUCAUUCAGUUAGGAGCUGACAUUUAUAUAACCGACAAGAAAGAAAAUACGGCAUUUAGUUGUUCUUGUUCCGGAGGUAAUAUUGAUUUAGUAGAUUUACUGAUAGAAAAAGGUUGUGAUAUACAUACACCUAAUGAUAUUGGACAAACGCCUCUGAUGAAUGCAUGUGGUAAAGGACAUAUCUCAAUAGUAAAACAGCUGGUAGAGAAAGGUGCUGACAUUAGCGUAACAGAUAAGGAAGGACAGACGGCAUUCAAUUGGGCCUGUGUUGGUGGUAAUAUUGAAAUAGUAAACUUUCUAUCAAGAGAUUGA